UAUAUUCACCCACUCAAUACCAUGGACCGGGAGUUCCGGGACGUUCCUGGCUUCGUGGCUUGGGGGCCUUUCAUUCCUUCGACUUACAAAAACGAGGAUAUAACGCUUGCCGACGUGGUCAUCGCUUCCGUAGUCUGGGGAUUGACUGUAGUGUUCUCUAUUCUUGCAGUCUAUCUGGGAUAUGGACAAACGAUAGGAUCGCGUUACCCAUGGAAGAGCAUAUACGUAUGGCUAAUAUGGUUGGAACUGAUUGUGUGCUUCGUGAUGGGUUUGGAGUGUUUUUUACAUCUGAUGAAGAUCAUCAGACCCAGCUUCGCGUUUUACUUCACGAUAUUGUUCUGGUGGUGCAUUCAGGUCCAACUGCUUCUUCAAAUCAUCAUCAACCGCAUUCGAGUGAUCAUCCCCGACCGUAAACUCUCUCGCCACAUCAUGAUUGCCACUGCCGUUUUCGUCACUUUGAUCAACAUCAGCGUUUUCAAUAUUUGGAUACCUGCGCGGUUACAGAUCAGUCAUAGAUAUAUACAUAUCAACGAGAUAUGGGAUCGCAUCGAGAAGGUGUUGUAUCUGAUUACUGACGCGAUGCUCAACGGAUACUUCUUGAAGACAGUCAAAGCGAACCUAAUCAACAACGGCUUGCAAAAAUAUAACAAAUUGCUUCGCUUCAAUCAACGCAUUAUUGUUGUCUCCCUACUCAUGGACGUAAUGAUUAUUCUCGCCAUGUCCAUUCCUAAUUCCUUCGUUUACAUCCAAUUUCAUCCACUGGCCUACCUUGUCAAGCUCAACAUUGAAAUGACGAUGGCCAACCUCAUCAAGCGUAUUGCAGUUUCCAAAGCACGUCGUCCUGGUCACGCCUCCGUUGCACACGAAUAUAAUUCCGAAGAUAUAUCUAGCGCAAGCGUGACUUGUUCUCGCGCCCCACGCAACCCUUACAUCGAACUCACAACAAAGGCUGCAAGGAAGAAUUGGCUGGGUCAGUCACAAUCUUCGCCGCCACCGCGAGCUGACGAUGAGCGCGUCAUAAGCUUCGUCCCUACUGGAUCGCAGAUCAAGAAGACGAGGGAAAUCUUGAUUACGAGCGAUCCAAAUCCAGAGUACAAUGGAAACAGGAAGGAGUUAGUCGGAAAGAAUGAAACAGUUGUGAUACAUACGGACAUCGAGUCUGCGAAGAGCUUGGAUGAUUCUACUGACAGUGGAGAUAGUCUGGAUGAACGUCUUGAACAGAUGCAGAACAGCGCGGAGGAGAGAAAGGGGGAUAUCUUGGAGCGAAGAAAGGGAUACAGCCUUGAUAGAAGAAGAGAUGAGAUUUUGGAUAGGAGACGGGCGGAUGAGAGCGACGAUGAAGUUAGCCUAGUACCACCACCACCACCUCCCACAUUACCAAGAUCCAACCAGGAUCGGAGUGAGCAACAUCGUUGA